GUUCCUCAUCGUGGGAAGCAUGAUGAGGGCUUGCUGACCACUCGGUCUUCCGCGUGACUCCCUCCCUCUUUCCUUCCCAAUUGGAUGAUUGGACAAGCCCAACUACUACUCCGCCCCAUUUCGCGACCUUCCAUCCUCAUCAUCUCCCUGCUGCGAACGUAACACAGCUUACUGGGAGUGCCAGUUGGCGCAUUGGUUCCACUCCUGUUCUUUCUCAUUCAUCACAAUGCCUGGCGUUCCUCCCGAUGCGGUUGACAACGUCAAGAAGCUGUUGAAGGGGCUCUUCAAGCGGAACAAGAACAAGAAGCAAGACAAACCUACCGAGACAACCGGAUCCACCGCUGCAACAACACCGUCAUCCGCCACUCAAAGCCAGUCUGCGCCGCCGCCGCCGACCUCACAGGCACCGCCGGCAGCUCAAGCUUCGCAGACGCCUGCAACCGCCGGUACCAGCGCGCCAGACACGAACAAGCAGCUACCACCCACGAAGGAUGCCUCUGCAGAUAUCGCGGCUUCCUCGGCUGCACAUACGACGCCUGCGACGGCGGUGCCAGAUCUGAAGAGCAGUAGCGAGGGAGUUUCGCCCGCGACGGGCACUCCGGCGGCUUCGGAGCCAGUAUCAGCAAUUGAGAAGGACACUCCGCCUGCGCCUCCGCCCAAGAAUGAUGCUCCAGUGGAAAGUCCGAAGACGACCGAAUCAUCAGUUGCGAAAGAGAACGUGCCUCCAGCUACAAAUGAGGCAUCGCCUGCACCAGCAGAGCCCGAGAGCAAGCCAGCAGAUAAUGCAGACCAACAAAAAGCGGCGGUACCGUCAUCUGGUCAAGAGGAGAAGGUAGCAGUAGAUUCCGAGCCGCCGCCUCCAAUCAAGACCUCGAAGCCAGCGCCUGGCAUGAGUGCAACCAGCGGCCCGCUGGAAGAUUUUCCAGAAGGCACAAAAUGAAACCACAGGUCACUUGCAAGUGUUACAUUGCUGAACGGCUGCCAGUGUAUCGACGAUCACAUUAUGAUACGAGCUCAAUGCAUCUGCUUUGCGGUAUGGCGUCCCAGAGCGCGGUCGGAGGAGAGUACAGGAGGUGAAAAGCUGCAUUGCAGGAGGAGAACUUUUCGAGUUACAUUCUAACGAGAGCGAAGACGGGGGCGAGGAGAGAUUGGAUUGGAAAGUCGAUUCGGCCACUGCGCCCAACCUUUAUACCCAUUAGUGUAGCUUAUGUUGACGAUUUGACUCAAUGCGAAGGUGCUGUCUGUGAU